AUGCCGUACUGGACAGAGGACCACCCAGAGACCCCUAACAGACCACUGCACCACCAAGGAGCCCCAGGCCCCUUCAACGCCCCACCAGACCCAGCGCACCCCACAGGCCCCACCCACCACCAGAGCAUCACCACCUCCAUCAGCGCAGCCAGACUGGGCACCGCCUACUACCCCACACCAGACCACCACCCCUACCAGACCAGAGAGGAAGCCCCCCGGCUCAGACCUGGCCCCCCUCCACUCCACAGGGCCCAACAGCAGGACCAGCGCAGCUACGCAGAGGUUAUCAGAGGACAGCAGAACCCUACCACGGGUCCUGCCAUGGAGCCGGGUAGAACGGCGUGCCCUGACUGGGCAUUGGCGCAGAGGGCACCCAGCCAUGGAGCUGGGUUGGACGCCGCACCCGGCGUGGGCACCGGCACCGAGGAAGGCUCCGGCCAUGGAUCGGGACUGGCCCCCUUGCCUGGGCAUUGGCGCAGAGGAAGGCUCCGGCCUUGGAGCGGGACUGGACGCUGUGUCUGGAUGCCGUGCCUGGACUGGGCACCGACACAGAGGAAGCCUCCUGCCAUGGAGCAGGACUGGACACCGAGGUUCCAGAUCGUGGACCGUCACAGGAGGUUCCAGAUCGUGGACCGUCGCAGGAGGUUCCGGAUCGUGGACCAUCGCAGGAGGUUCCAGACCGGGAACCGUCGCUGGAAGCUCCUGACCAAGGACCGUCGACGGCAGCUCCGGCCCGGGAAUGGUCCGGCACAGGUGGCACCGGACUGGUGA